GACAGGAAUAUUUAUUUUCCUCUUUCGUAAAUAGAAAAAAAAUUAUUAUGCAGGACAUAGAUCUUGGAUUCGCAGAACAUUGUGAAAGUGAAUGGCUAACCAAUGCUCACUUUCCAAGUAAACUGGGUGGUAAACCGGCUUGGCUUCAUUUAGGAGAUUUACCUACAACAGAAGCAUUAAAAUGUAAAAAGUGCAACAAUCAGAAGAGUUUUCUGUGUCAGAUUUAUGCUCCCUUCGACGAUGACUAUAAUUUCCAUCGUAUGGUUUAUGUUUUCGUCUGCCGGACAGAGUCAUGCUAUACUGCAAAUGAGAAUAGCAAUAUUACUGUAUUACGAAGUCAGUUGCCUUUGCACAAUGAAUUUUAUCCUGAUGUGCCACCUCCCGAAGAAGGCGAAGCUGCGCCUGAAAUUCUUCCCAUCAAAACAAAGUUGUGCUUAGCCUGUGGCUGCAUGGGUCCAUUGAAAUGUGGUCGUUGUAAAAAAGCCAACUACUGUGGAGCCCAGCAUCAAAGAUUACAUUGGAAGAUUCAUAAAUUAUCAUGUACAGCUGAUAGUUCUUCUGCAGUUAAGCUACCGUGUCAGCCUAUUGAGGAAAUUUUGUUUCCAGAAUGGGAAAUUGAUAUGAAUUCUGAUGAAGAUGACAACAGCGCAAAGACAGCGAAAACCGAUAUAGACGAAGAGCAGGAAAUGAAAAAGUUAGAACAAUUGACAGUUUCUGGUAAAGCAGGAGAGUUCCAGAACUUGCCAGAAUCUGAAUUGGAGAAAUAUACAAAAGGUAGUGAAGAAAUAGAUGACAAGCAUUUUCGAAAAUUUCGUAAGGAAUGCGAUAAAGAUCCUUUGCAAAUUAUACGUUACAAACGUAAUGGUCAAGUAUUAUGGAUAGCUGACACCGAAAAUACCAUCAAAGAACAGUCGUGCAACAUACCCAAGUGUGAAUUGUGCGGUGGGGAACGUGAAUUUGAAUUUCAAAUUAUGCCCCAAAUGUUGAAUUAUUUGAAAGAUGCUAAUGUUGACUGGGGAGUUAUAGCAGUUUAUACAUGCUCGAAAAGUUGUCCCUUACCGAACGACAAAGGCUAUGUUGAGGAAUUUUGCAUCAAGCAGGAUAUAGUAAAUAAUCAAUAAUAUUUCUUCCUUUAAAUGUGUUUUUUAUUACAUAUAAACUAAUAAAAAGUUUAACAUGA